UUGAGUUUUGAGAAGUCACAAACGAAAAAACAAAAGUGGGCUAGUCAUUUAAAUGGCGUACACAAACAUGAUGGCGGUUGCGGUUACAGCUGUGCUGUUUCUAGCGGUUACGAUUGCUCCUCAGUGGACGGAGGCAAAGAAGCCACCAAAGACGACGGAUACAUCGGCUACAGUGUGCCCGUUUGCAAUCCCUGAAAUCGUCCAAAAUUGCUAUGCAACGAUGAGUGUGUUGCCAUCAGAAGAAUGCUGCAAGGAUCUCAGAACGGCGAGCAAGACGGAGGUGACUUGUCUCUGCGAUAAUAUCAUUGUACAUCCAAAUCCAUUAUACGCCAACAUCACCAAAGUUUACUUCAACCAAGUCAGCAUUGCAUGUGGCGUUCUCGACAAAUAUGCAUGCAACGGAGGCGACGCUAAUGGAGGAGUAACGAACAAGAUUGCUGCAUCAAUGGCUCUUUUUGGUUUGGUUGGAAAAUGA